AUGUUGGCUGAUCCUACUCUUCGGUAUGCGGAUAUUCAAGCCUGUUGCUCUUGUCUUGGGUUUCGUGAGGGCGAUACAUACAAAAUAGAUACUGAUGCAGAAGUCUCUAUCCGCACUUUGUUGCGUUACCUACGAAAUGAAACUGCUGAAUGUGAUAUACGACGGGAACUUGGUCAACUUCGCAUUGUUUCAAGUGAUCUCAUACCACUUGUCCGUUGUUGUAACGAUAAUAAAACAUUAUUUGAGCUGGUCAUUCGUCUUCUCAUGAAUUUGACCCAACCUGCAAUUGUAUGUUUUCGUCAAGAGGUACCAAAGGAUCGUGAUCUUUACAGUGCUUAUCUUCAAGUUGAUGAUUUGCUGAGGUCAUACAAAAAAGACUUUGCAGAUGAAGAGUUGUUUCGAGUUUUGUGCAAUGUUGUAGGCAGUUCUUUAGACAAAAGUUGGGAAGAAAGAAGUGAAGAAGAUCGUCUUCUAAUUGAGCGUAUUUUGAUUCUAAUACGUAAUGUACUUCAUAUUGUUCCAGAUGUUGUCAGUGAACAGCGUACGGAUGAGGAUGUUUCUGUACAUGACCAGGUUUUAUGGGCAAUGCAUUUAUCUGGAUGGGAUGAACUACUUUUGUUCCUUGCAAAUUCAGAAGAUGAACAAAUGUUCGCUUUUCACACCCUUGAAAUCAUAUCACUAAUGUUAAGAGAACAGACACCUGAGCUUCUUGCCUGUGCUGGAAACAGAGCAGAGACUAAAUCUGAAUUGAACACUCAGAGAAAACUUAUUGAAAGAUUGAAAAUUCGGGAUGAUACGGAACGAAAGAAUUUUCUUUACGCCUGUAACCUAAGACAGGCACGAUUUGGUGGUGCUUUUGAACUGGCAAACACACCAUCUUUGAGUGAACGCCCACUGAUUUACCAUCAUGAUAUUACUCAAACAGCACAAAUGGCAACUGCAAUUUCUAAACAAUUGGACAAUGCUGUCGAUGUGGUGGAUAAUGUUGGCAUCGUAGAAUUAGAUGUAGGAAAGCGAAAGUUUCGUAAGUCUAAACAUCGUAAACCUUUAGUUGAUCGAUCGGUACAUCGGCGUUCAAUUUUGGCUGUCCAGUUGUAUCUACAGAGUUUCUGUUGGCAAUUUCUAAAAUUCUGCUAUAAUCCAAUUAUGCGCGUUGUACAAUCAGGUUUAACUCGUCAAGCUACUCAAGAGAAUGAUGAAACUUAUUUCCUUUGGGCUAUGCGAUUCUUUAUGGCAUUUUGUCGAGUUUACCGAUUUCGCUCAGACUACAUAAGUGAAACGCUUAGUGUUUCGAUUUUUCAUUGGAUAUAUGAUCAAGUAAUAAACUAUAAAGAACAUUUAGUUACUAACAAACGUGGUGGUGCUUCAAAUCAACGUGCAAUGCAAGCAGCUCGACGGUUAGAACUUGCCGUAACCUGUUAUAAAGAGUUCCUCACCUGCUUAAAUCGUAUGCUUCAUGUAACUGCUACAGAUAGAACUGUCCAACCAGAUGAUGACGAAACACAAGAUGGUGUUGAAGAACGAUUACGUUUACAAGCCAAUGUGGCGGAGUCGAUUAUUGCUAAUGUAUUUUAUGUUGCUGAAUAUCAAGAAGUAUUUCCGAGUCUACUCAGGGAUUACAAUGAAAUAUUUUUGUCCAAAGAUUAUUUGCGUGAUUUGGUUGAAGGUUCUCACUUAUUUAUAACUUUACUUUCCGACAAGAUCUGUGGUAGCAAUAAAAAAAUUAUUGUAAAACGUCGAAGAGUUCGCCGAAAAAAGAAACGUUCUUCAAAACCUAAAAAUGAAAUUCAUAAUCGUAGAGCCGUUCUAAAUCAGGAACCUGAAGCUGUGAGGAUUAGUCGUCUCAAACAACAAUGGUCUAGUCAGUUAGAAGGUCCCCUGAUAGAGAUGUUACUUGGAACAGCAUAUCAAGAGAAUCAACAGGAUGAAAGUGAUGAUGAAAUGAAUGAUACAAGACUUUUCGAUGCAACUACAGGAAACAGUGAAGAUCAACAGUUGAAAUCAGCUAUCCGCCGUGUUCAAGCUGCUUUAUUUGCCGGCUCAGCUAAAACCGCUUUAUCAAUGGCCAAAAGAAUGUGGCGUCUUUGGCCGGAGGUUGCUCCAGUUACAUUUGAGGAUGAUAAUUUAAUUAUUGAUGCUGGGCGUGCUGCAGGAUUACGGCCUGAAUGCCUGAAUAUAUUAGGAGCUUUACAUCAAAUUCAUAUGACUGAAAUAGCGGAGGAAGAAGAAGAGACAGUGAAUAAUUCGUCCUCAUCAGAUGGUAGUGAUAGUGAUGAUCUUUACAAUGAAGAACUUGGCAUUGCUGAUUCAAACGAUGAAGAAAUAGUUACAACUGAAAAAGAAGUAGUUCUAGACUUCAGUGCUUUUAUGCUCAAAUUUGUUCAUCCACGUGUAGUACAUGCCUACACUUUACUUUUGGAGAAUUACAAUGAUAAUGCGGAUUCAGUUAAUCAUGCAAUUGUACAUACUAUUCAUCGAUUAGCUGUACGAGAAAAAUUACCCGGUUGUUUUUUUCAAUUGCGUUUAUUCCGAGUAUUUCAGAAAUUUUUACAUGAUCGUGCUGUAGCUACCUCGUCAGAAUUUAAAGAAUUAGCCAAUCUCAUUAAAUAUAUUCUAAGAAAAUUCUUUGAAGCUCAAGUGAAAAAUAAUUAUAUUCUAAUUGAAACUCUUUUCUUUAAAACACCCAAAGAAAGCUAUGAAACAGUUCAAGGAUAUGGUACUUUUGAAAGCAAUAAGAAAACUCUUCACUGGACUAGUGAACAUGAUAAAGAACUCACUCAACUAUUUGAAGCUUAUCGUCAUGAUCCGGUUCCCUCUGGUAACGAUUUAGCUGAUGUACUUCUCAAACAUUUUUCCGAUUCUAGCAAAACUCGUCGACAAAUUAUUGCCAGAUUGAUUACGUUGGGCUUGAUUACAUCGUUGAAACAACUCAAAGAGAUUACAGUUCGCCUCCCCAAACUUCCUGGUGAACGAAAUCGACGUCUAUUCAAUAAUGAAGAGUCAAGUGAGUGGACUGAACAAGAAAUAGCUCGACUAAGAGACAUAGUCGAGUUGCACAAAGGUUCAAAAGAUAUGCUAACUGAAAUUAUAAACGAAAUAAAGGUAGAUCAUGAUCUAGCUGUUCAACAAUGUUUGGAACAAGAAAUCAUGGCGGAUGAAAAUCGAUUAGACAGAUAUAUUCCAGCUAUUCGUACUAGACGUGUAGUAGCUGCUAAAAUUCUUGAACUUGGUCUAGUGGAUAAUGAGGAUGAACUUAAAAAGGUUGUCUAUAAGAGGAAACCUACAAAAAUAAAAAAUGUGGAUAUGGAUGCUUCAAUAAGACCAAAGAAAGGCAAGAGCCGCAAGAAGAAGCCUUCUUCAUCAACAUCAGAUGAUGAGCAGUAUCCGAGUUCAUCACAUGAAUCAGAAGAAGUUGCAAACGUUCCACACAAUUCAAAUUCAAAACACACUACAGAGAACAGUAGUUCUGAAUAUACUAAUCAGUUCGUUAAAUCAGAUAAACGAUCUAGUCAAACGAAUCAUCUCCAAGAUGAUAUUUCUGGAACAGUUUCCCCAAACUCUGACUCAGGGUCUCCGAAAAUCCCAGUCCAAAAGAGAAGGCGUCUAUUGUCCUCAGACGAUGAGAAUAGAGACAGUCGUGAUACCUAUUAUGCAGAGUCGCCAAUUAAAGUACAACAUCCGGAGAAUAAUGAACCUGUUGGUAGUGUAUUUCGUAGAGUGCAAAUAUUAUCUUCGGACUCUGAAUAA